CGUGCAACCCCCCAAAGAUACCGCAAGCCCCCGAAAAAGAAAGCACACCGCCUUCCUUCCUCCCUUCACAUCAACCUCCGUCUCGCUGCCGCCCUGUCUGCUCCUCCAAUUUCACUCUCCGACACCAUCGACGCGUGGCUGGAGAGGUUGACGCGCCCAUCUGCCGUCUCUCACCCAGCAGCGCGCGCCGCCCCGCGAUGCGACAACGUCAACACCAUCAUGGCUGACGAUGGAGGAGUCCUGUCCGACGUGACCCCCCAGCCUGCUCCGAAUCCCGAUGCCCUUACUACCGUCAACGACUUCCUCGACUAUACCGAGUAUUUCCCCUCCGACCUGGUCCGCUCUCUCCGCCUCAUAGGAGAUCUUGAUUCUGCCUAUCUCGAUGCCACUCAUCUCGUCCAUGAGCUCACUGUCAAGUAUGGCAAGCUCCCGACUUUGCCCGCCAAUGCCCGCCCCGACCCUACAGCGCUACGCGCCGAGAUCGCCGCUGCUCUGAGGAAAGCUCUCCACUCUCGCGAGUCUUCUUUCGCCGAAGCCACGCGCCUCUACGAAGUAGCUGAGCGUCAUGCUCAUCGCAUUAAGAUCAUAAAGACCAAACUCAAGGCCCUGCCUGAGCCCCCAUCGCGCGAUCCUACUCCGGCUCCCGUCUCCCCCCAAGCAACACGACCCGCCAACCGCGGUUUCGACAGGGCCCCGCAUCUCCGCCUGACGUUCGAUGCUGGCCGUCAUGGAAACAGCUCCACAUCUCGGCCUCGUGCUCACAGAAGGUCACUCCCUGGCUCACGCGCCCGUGAUCACAGCUCUCCCAGCUCUGAUUCCGAGGUCGGCUCGACUAUCGACCUUGCCAUCACCCCCAGGAGGCUCAAGAUCAAUAAAGAUAAACACCCAAAGCCGCCGAGAGUACGUGUGCGGGCCCCGGGCUCGGGUACCAAUGUACACAGCGCCGUCGCCGGCAUCUCCACGAGCAAUGCUUUAGCCAGACUGUCACCACCUCCCCCAGAUGCGAAGCCCGGAAGUAGAUGGGCCCCUUGGUUCAAGCUGACGGAUUAUGAGAUGGCUGUUCUCAGAAAGAAGAUGAAGAAGAAUGCAGUCUGGCUUCCUAGUGAGACCAUGAUCAAGAGGCAGUUGGAACUGAGUCACAGAGGCCAGGAAUACUACGAUAAGGAGAAGGCACGCUGCGAGGCAACCGGCGAGGAGAUGCUGGACGAAGAGCCCGUUCCAGCGUCGUCAAAACCGAAGCCCGCUGCAAGUUCUCCUGUGCUUGAAAGGGCAUCAUCUCCCCCUGCCGCUACCGCUCCCAUACCCACCACCAACCAUGUCGAGGUAGAUGCUACCCCUGCUCCUGCUCCUGCUCCUGUCCCUGACUCUGUCCCCGUCUCUGUCCCUGUCUCUGUCCCUAUCUCUGUCCCUGUCUCUGUCCCUAUCUCUGUCCCUGUCUCUGCCCCUACUGCCACCGCUGCCCCUACCACUGUCCCUGUCGAAACACCAGCAGAAAUUGUACCGGAAGAUACCAUUGCCGUUGAACCUGCUACAUCCACGAGCUCGACAGAUCUCAAACGCGAGACCAGGCGCCGGCAAGCUGUACGUGACGCGAAAGAGCUUCAGGAAGCCACGAAAAAGCUCAUUCAAGCUGCCGACGAUAUCCAAGAACUGGAUCUGUCCAUGCUGGUUGUCAAAUCAAAAACCAAUACACGCAGCAAGCGCAAGCGAGAGGCAUCGCCGCAACCGACAGCCUCCACGCCGACUUUGCAAACAAGAGAACCAUCAGUGGCCUCCCAAGACAGCGCAUCAAAACAGCCAGAUACCAAGCGUCCUCGUAUUCUCCCUCCUCUAGCGCCUGCUCCCCCACCGGCCGUCAGUUCCACUCCCAGAACAGCAACACCUGUUGCCCCUUCGCCGGUCAUGAAUACUCCCGUCCCUCUUCCGGAGAACGUGCGAUCAAUGACCAUACAAGUCCCACUUGCUCCAGCAGGACCGGCUACACCCAAAGCCACAAAGCCUCCAGGUCAGACCGCGAGCCGACAUGCCACUCCCAACCCGCCCUCGCCCGCUAUCACAACUCCGGUCGAAACUGCGAGAUCGCCCAUAGUGCCCAUGCUGCCUGUAUCCAAUGUCACUGCAGCCUCGACUCGCCCUAGGCGAGAGUCAGUUGCUCCAAAAGGUGCCACUCCCCCUCCAUCUGCCCCACCGGCUGCCAAAGCCCCCAAGAGUACCACAUCUACAGCGGAGGCCGCUUUACCUACACGCCCUCGAUCAUCCCGUGGUCAUGUCCCGACGCCCAAAGCCCAGAGUGAGGAGCCAAAACCACUGGAGUCGCAGAAGACGACCCGGGAUCUUCGUCGCCAAAGUAUCUUCAGUCAGCCUGCACUUCCUGGACCCACUCGUGUAAGCAGUCGUAAGAAGCCACCACCAAAGGGUGAUAUCACGGCCGGAUCCGAGGGACAAAAAUCAGUGACGAACGUUAAACGGGUGCAAGGUAACAAAAAUAAGAAGAAAAAGAAGGCAGAUGAGGACAAUGAGCCCGCCGAUGACAUCGACCCUAACGAGCCUCGCUAUUGCUUAUGCGAUGAUGUUAGUUAUGGGCAGAUGAUCUCUUGCGACAACAAUUGCGAAAAGGAGUGGUUCCACUUGGGUUGCGUGAACAUGACCACGAAGGAUAUCCCCGCGCGACGUACCAAAUGGUAUUGCCCCGACUGCCGGAUCACCAUGAACACCGAUGCAUAUGGAAACCCGCUUGUGCCACCGCCUUUACCUGGCCGCAAUCGAGGCAAUCGGUAGGUGUUCCUAUUUCUUCUCAUCAAAAACUAUGCAAGCUGAGAUUCUUGGAGGGGAUGGAGUACUUAGGGUUUCCGUGUAUCAUCAUUAUCAUCGCGAUUCAACUUUUGGGGAAACAUGGAAAUAUGCAACGGUGGCUUUU